AACUUUUCCGCGUUAAAAAGACCAGAAUCAUUCCGGUGUCUUUACUUUUCGCAUUUUAAAUCCAACACACAAUCCAAUAUGGCGGGACGAAUUGGACUUGCGACCAAAAACUUUAGUGGACGGUACUUUAUUCAUAAUAGUAAAUGGUUUGAUUCCCUAGUUCAGCAGCCAACUGUACGGACAACAAGUUUGAACUAUUGCUUACCAAGAUAUUUGUCAGUGUCCAGGCAAGAUGGAAGGCCAAAGAAGCCGGCUACCCACUUUUUAUUAUACUACAAAAGUGUACAGGAUGUUUUGGAUAAGAAAAUUCCAGAUAGAAAAAUGAUUACUGAUAAAGUGAAGAUUGCUAGUCAAAUGUACAAAGAGUUAUCUCCAGAAGAAAAAGAGGCAUUAGAAGAAAAAAGUCAGAAACUUCUUAUGGAAUACAAAGAAAAGCUUGAAAAAUGGCAAGGCACGCUAUCCCCGGAGGAAAUGGACAUUAUCAGGACAGAGAAGAAAGAAAAGAGAGAAAAGAAAGCAAAGAGAAAAAUUACAAAACUUCAGCGUGACAAUGCAAAACCAAAGCAAAGUUCUUCAGCAUUUCUACUGUAUUCCAUAGAUCAGCUAAAACGUGUCAAUUUACAAUCCAUGUCCUCCAUGGAAAAAUUGGAAGCUGUAAGGAAGAAUAUGUCUGAUUGUUCAAAGAAAUGGAAAGAUCUGCCAUCAGGAGAGAAAGAGGUAUACAGCAAGAAGGCAGCUGAAGAAAGAGAACUGUAUGAACUUGAGAUGCAACAAUGGGAGCUGAAUAUGAUUGAACAAGGUAAAAAGAACCUAAUUAGAAAAAAGACAUUAGCAGAUCAUCAGAGGGAAGAGAAAAAGGCAGCUAAAGAAGCAGAACCUAAAAAAGAAAAGGCAAAAAAGGAAACUGAAUCUGGAAAGAAAAUGCCGUCCAAAAAAGAAAAGACAAAAGAAGUAGGACAAAAAGAUGUUAAGAAAUAAGUUUGGUUUUUCAAAGGUUAAAAGGGAUUUAAGAUGCCAAGUAAAUUGAAUGACAUGCCAUAUGUGUAAUUUGUCUUUCAUAGGACGAUGAAAUUGAAAGACGAAUCUUAAAUAAAAUGUGUCAAAAAAAGAUGUCGGUGAUGAGCAUGGGUGAAAAAAAAAAAUCCAGAUUACCUCUGAAGUCAGGACUUUCAGAUUCUUAAAAGUGCUCUGUUACUAUUUUUCCUGUUUAAAACUUGCUCUUUUUUUUCUUUAUAAAAAACCUAUCAAACAAAUGCUGAAUUUAGAGUUUAAUAGAUUUUCGAACAAUUACCCACAUACCAUCAAAGUAUGAUACAUUAUGUGUUCAGCUUCAGCUUUUGGAAAAAGGACCAAAAAUGUGUGUACACCUAUCCCCUGGUUUCCCCCAAGAAUGAGGUGCUUUGUUGUUGUGUUUUCUUUUGUUUUUUUGUCUGUUAAUGCAUGUGUAUUUCAUAUAGCUUUGUUAAUGAAUCUCUACUAAUCUAAGUAAAGAUAUGUUUUGAUAUACAGUCACUACAUUUUUGUGAGUGAUGCUUUUUUAUGCUAUUGUCUUGGGCAUGAAGCCCUAUAUCAUUAAGUAUUAAACUUA